AUGCGCGUCGCUGCACGCAGGGGCACGCCUCGGGUCACGCAUAAGACACGUGUCGACGAUCGGUACUGGGCUUGUCCGCUGAACAAUGCACGCUCCUUGCGUCCGGUCCAGGUUUGGCAGAGGAGUGCCUUGAACCUAUUGGCUGGCGACUGGAAAAGUUUCUCAUCGUCGUCUACGCACGAACGGCACCAUAUGAGCUCAGAAGAGAGUGGUGAGAGCGUCACGCAUAAGGAUGGCGCCGAAGAGGAUCCCCAAGAGCUGGACGACCCUGGUACCGUUGAGGCCUGUCAUUCAAGGACCACCAAGAUCCAGUACCGAAAGACUUUGCUCGAUUCUCGACGUCGCAGCACGAGUCGAUCCGGAGCACUCUCAAGGGAGAUUUCGCGAGAAAAUGUUCUAGAGGAAGCGCUUCCGUCACCGUCCGUCGACGCUUACCGCUAUGAACCCGAGCGCUUACAGGGCUGGCACCUAUUCCUUCGCACUCUGCAGGCCGUAGGGCUCAUCUACGGUGACCUAGGAACGUCACCACUGUACACCAUCUCCAGCCUCUAUGACGGCAACGUCGCGCCAAGCGAGUUCACCAUCCUAGCCGGCGCUAGCAUGAUCUUUUGGCUCCUGCUCCUCAUUCCUUCUAUCAAAUACGCCUUCCUCGUGGCGAUGGCGGAUCACAACGGCGAAGGCGGUGCGCUCGCCAUGAUUGGACUGAUGCGCCAGCGACGACUCUCUGGCCGCUGGGCUCGCCUCGCUGUCAUUAUAGCUGUGAUUGGUGCAGGUGCCCUGGUAGCAGAUGGAAUCCUGACGCCUGCAAUCACGGUGGUCAGUGCCUUUCAGGGUAUUCAGGUUGGGUCGCCUUCAUUUCCUACCGGCGCCGUUGUCGGCUUGAGUAUCGGUGUGCUUUUUCUCGUCUUUCUGGGCCAGUUUCUGGGCUCAUCGCGCCUGGGAAUCACCUACGGCCCCGUUCUGGUGGUUUUCUUCGUCGCGCAAGCCAUGCUUGGCAUGUACGGGAUCACAAAGUAUCCCGCGAUUUUCAAAGCGCUGAAUCCGUACUAUGCUUUGAAAGGCAUCGGCGUAUACUGGAAUGAUGGCAAGGUGGGCUUCCUCAAGAUUGCGGACGCGCUGCUCUGUGUGACUGGUUCAGAAGCGAUGUAUGCAGACAUGGGGCAUUUUGGGCGCCUGCCCAUGCGCCUGGGCUGGUUCACGAUCGUGCUGCCGUCGGUUCUGCUGUCGUAUUUGGGCCAACUGGCAUUACUUGCGUCCAAUCCAUCACUAGCUGAGACAGCGGGAAACGCUUUGUACUUUUACCAGGCGCCGCGCAGUGUCCUGUGGCCCCUGAUUGUGCUCACGACGUUGGCAGCAAUCGUGGCCUCGCAGGCGAUCAUCAGCGGUGCGUUUUCGAUCGUGAGCCAGGCGAUUUCCUUGGACCUGCUACCACGGAUGCAUAUCAAACGCACUGACUGGCGCAUUUAUGGCCAAGUCUUUAUUCCGGAGAUGGAUCUGGUCAUGGGGAUUCUAACAGUGGCUGUGACUGCGGGGUUUCAGACGAGUAACGCGCUGACCUCAGCGUACGGUGUGGCUGUCACGACGAGCUUCAUCACAACAACAUGUUUGUUCGUCAUUGUGCUCGUGUUCGUUUGGAAACAGCGCUUCUACGUUUGGCUCAGCUACUUGGCGGUGUUUGGUUUGGUCGACCUCCUGCUCUGGUCGAGUGCCAUUACAAAGUUUCCCACCGGCGGCUAUAUUCCAGUCAUCAUCUCUACCGUUUUCAUUUUGGCCAUGCUUCUCUGGGACUGGGGCACGAAACGAGAACACGAAUACUACGAGCGAAAAUUACGUGUUUGGAAAGCACAACAGAGCGAAGGAAUUAGACAAGAUUCAUCGCCGGUGCUCAAGGGUACUUUUGUCUUUCUGGCUGGCUUGCAGCACGGCGUACCGUACUCUUUCCAGGUUUUCGUGAGCAAAAUUGGUGUGAUUCCCCAAACCACCAUCUUCGUAACGGUGCGAAACGUUCCAGUGCCGUUCGUCGAUGAUCAUCGGCGGUUUGUGAUUGUGGAGGAGGCACCGGGCCGCUUCCGCGCCCGUAUCUACGUCGGGUAUGCCCAGUCGAUCAGGAGUCUUAUGGAGUCUCUACGCGAGGUACCCGCUGCUUUCUUUCACGAAAGCUUUGGGGAGAAAGUGGUGUUCGUGAAGGGUUACACGGAUAUUCUCGUGGACUCGCAGCGUCACUGGCUGCACCGUUUGUUGGUCUACUGCUACCACUACCUGAAGACUAUAGCUGCCUCGGUGGACUCGGAACUCGGCAUCCCACGAGACCGAGUGGAAAUCGGCAUGCCGAUCCUUCUUUGA